AUGCGAGGCGAGGUCUGCCACAUCCACAUCGGCCAGGCUGGUAUCCAGCUUGGUAACAGUGCUUGGGAGCUGUACCUCCUUGAACACGGUCUCAAGGCCGAUGGCCAGCUCAAUCCUGAGGCUGAAGACGCAAUUAAUUCGGGUGGUUCGUUCGAAACCUUUUUCACAGAGACACACAGCGGCAAAUAUGUCCCUCGUUCUAUCUUCGUGGAUCUUGAUCCUUCGCCCGUCGAUGAGAUCCGCACCGGCCAGUACCGUCAGCUCUUCCACCCCGAAAUGUUGAUCAGCGGAAAGGAAGACGCCGCCAAUAACUAUGCCCGCGGACAUUACACCAUCGGAAAGGAGCUCGUUGAAUCAGUUGCCGACCGCAUUCGCCGCGUCUCCGAUAACUGCAACUCUCUGCAGGGAUUCUUGGUAUUCCACUCCUUCGGCGGUGGUACCGGCUCCGGAUUUGGUGCCCUGUUGCUUGAGCGUCUUUCCACCGAUUAUGGAAAGAAGUCGAAGCUCGAGUUUGCGGUGUACCCUUCCCCUCGUGUGUCGACCGCCGUCGUUGAGCCAUACAACGCUGUUCUCUCCACCCACAGCACUAUUGAGAAUGCUGACUGCACCUUCUUGGUGGAUAACGAGGCGGUUUACGACAUCUGUCGUCGCAACUUGGACAUCCCACGUCCUGGCUAUGAGCACCUCAACCGCCUAAUCGCCCAGGUUGUCAGCUCCAUCACCUCAAGUCUCCGCUUCGAUGGCGCCCUCAAUGUCGAUUUGACUGAGUUCCAGACUAACUUGGUGCCAUUCCCUCGUAUCCACUAUCCGCUGAUUUCGUAUGCACCCGUGGUCUCGAGCAGCCGCAGCUCCCACGAGAGCUUCAAGGUGCAGGAUCUCACAUUCCAGUGUUUUGAGCCGAAUAAUCAGAUGGUGGUGUGUGAUCCUCGCAAGGGCAAGUAUAUGGCAGUGGCUCUGCUGUACCGCGGUGACGUGGUACCCCGUGACUGCACUCAGGCCAUCGCCUCUCUCAAGGCCAAGGCCUCGUUCAAUCUUGUGGAAUGGUGCCCUACCGGUUUCAAGUUGGGUAUCAACUACCAGAAGCCCGUUCGCGUUCCCGACACCGAGCUCGCUCCCGUCGACCGCUCCGUCAGCAUGCUCUCCAACACAACCUCCAUUUCUGAGGCGUGGGGUCGUCUUGACCACAAAUUCGACCUCAUGUACUCGAAGCGCGCCUUCGUUCACUGGUACGUGGGUGAGGGUAUGGAAGAAGGCGAGUUCUCCGAAGCCCGUGAGGACCUGGCUGCGCUGGAGAAGGACUAUGAAGAAGUUGCCAACGACAGUCUGGAGCCGGAGGGUGAGGAGGGUGAGUACUGA